AUGGAGAUCGACCGCAGCCUCUAUAUUGAAGGCACGCUUCACCGUGCCACAAGUGGCAACCUUUCUGUUCCACGCUUCUUCGGAAAGAUUGCCCUGGAAGAGGCAGUUGGGUCAACUUUUUGGGAUGCGUACGGCACUCUUCCUGCCACCCAAGAGAUAGCUGGCACCAAUGGCCUCGCUGUGAGCCUGGACUUUGCCCAAGACAUAGCAUCUCGGCUCAACGAUGUCCCCAAACGACUAGAUUCAAUGGAUCAAAGUGGUAUUGGAUAUGUCAUUGUAUCCCUCACUUCACCAGGUAUCGAGGGAGUGUUCGACAAAGCCAACGCUACGGACCUUGCUACCAAGGUGAACGACGAGAUCUAUGCCAAUUAUGUCCAGCCGUAUCCGGACCGCUUCGGCUUUUUCGCCGCUGUGGCUAUGCAAGAUCCCGCAGCUGCUGCCAAAGAGUUGGAGCGUGCUGUGAAGGACCUGGGCGCCAAGGGAGCGCUGAUCAACGGCUACAGCAACAUCGGAAGCCCUGCAAAUUACACUAUCCAGUAUCUCGAUGAUGAGGCAUGCGAGCCAUUCUGGGCCAAGGUGGCGGAGCUCAAUGUGCCCGUGUACUUGCAUCCUCGAACGCCUCCAGUAGAUCAGCAGGUCCUCUAUGGAAAUGGAAAAUACCCCCUCCUGGCCCAGGCGGCCUACGGUUUCGGAGUAGAGACGGGAGGGCAUGCAUUGCGGCUGAUGCUAUCGGGGCUCUUCGACCGGUACCCAAACAUCCAGAUAAUCCUCGGUCACGCUGCUGAGGCGCUUCCUUUUCUUGUUCACCGGACCGACAAUAGGCUCUCAACAGGCAAAAGCGGAUCCGGCGGACCUUACAAGAAGUCCAUGAAGUACUACCUGCGGAACAAUUUCUAUGCCACCCUCGCUGGAAUCCGACGGCUGAGCACGGUCCUGAACACGAUUGAGGAGAUGGGAGAGGACCGAGUCAUGUUCUCCGUGGACUAUCCGUAUGAGUCAAACGAGGAUGCCAGCGAUUGGUUUGAUUAUGUUGAGGGUCUCAGCUCUGCUACGAAGGAGAAGCUUGCUUGGAAGAAUGCUGUUCGGGUUUUGAACAUUACAGCAGGCCUGAAGUCUUACCAGACGGAUAGUGAAUUUCUCUGA